CGAUCCACGACAACAACUCCAACCGACCAAGUGUUGUGGUCGUAUAACACACUAUUACCACGACCAAGUGUUGUGUAUAUAUCCCAGAAGGAAUAAUCCCGGCUUGCCUGACUGUCAAAAGCGACGCGUCUACCACAAUACAACUUGUACAGUUACUGAGGGAAGGCAUCCUUCACGGACCUGACACGGGAGACAAGACAUUGUGUGCAGACGAAGCCGGUCUGCUGGUGGCUGCCUCACACACAUGGCUCUCCGGGCUCCUUCCUCACUGAAGAGGCUGCUGGUGCUGCUCUCGCCUCAUGCCAGGUCUCUCCACACACACACGCACAUCUCAUCAUCUUCAAGAAGAUAUUUUGCCGGUUAUUAUGGAUACAAUUUUAUUGCAAGGCACAGUAUCCAUUCACAUCCCCAGCUACUCCAGGAAGCUGUCCAGACAAGUGAACCUAAAGCAUACGAUUUUCAGGCUGAGACUCGCAUGCUUUUGGAUAUUGUAGCAAAGUCCCUCUACUCUGAGAAAGAAGUGUUUGUUAGAGAGCUGAUCUCAAAUGCUUCAGAUGCUAUUGAAAAGGCUCGCUACUUUGCUCUGCAAGGCAGAGAAUUGGAUUCUUCUGAGGCUGAUAUGAAAAUUCACAUCACCACAGACAAGUAUGAUAAGACGCUAACCAUUCAAGAUUCGGGUAUUGGCAUGACCAAAGAAGAGCUCAUAGAUAAUUUGGGUACCAUUGCCCGCUCAGGAUCCAAGGCUUUCAUUCAGCAACUUCAGGAAAGUGGCAGCUCAGAUCCACAAAGUAUUAUUGGCCAGUUUGGGGUUGGCUUUUAUGCUGCAUUUAUGGUGGCAGAGCGAGUUGAUGUGUACACAAAGUCCCGGUUACCUGGUGGCAUUGGCUAUUGCUGGUCCUCAGAUGGGUGUGGAAAGUAUACAAUAGAGGAGUGUGAGGGUGUCGAGCCAGGAACCAAGAUAGUUUGUCAUCUUAAAAUAGAUAAUCGAGAAUUUGCAGAUGAACAGACUAUUAAAGAUGUCAUAAAAAAGUACAGCAGUUUUGUAGGUUCUCCUAUUGAAGUAAAUGGUGAGCAAGCAAACAACAUCAAACCCAUUUGGCUCAUGGAUCCCAAGGAGGUGUCUCCUGAUCAGCACGAUGAAUUCUACCGUUAUGUGGGCUCGGCGUAUGACAAGCCACGCUUUGUGCUUCACUAUCGUACUGAUGCUCCAAUAGACCUUCGAUGUCUCCUGUACAUUCCCGAGGGCAAACCAGGUUUGUUUGACCUGAAUCGUGAUGCCGAAAGCAGUGUCUCCCUCUAUUGCCGUCGUGUCCUCAUCAUGAACAAGGCCGAAAAUGUUCUUCCAAAAUGGCUUAGAUUCUUGAAAGGUGUUGUUGACAGUGAGGACAUUCCCUUAAAUCUGAGCAGAGAAUUACUUCAGGAUUCUGCAUCGAUUCGCAAACUCCGUACUGUCAUUCAAAAUCGUGUUACUCGUUUCCUCUUUGACAAAUCACGUAAAGAUGUUGAAAGUUAUACCAAGUUCUUUUCAGAUUAUGGAAUAUUCAUCAAAGAAGGUAUUCUUUCAUCCCAGGAGCAAGUGGAGAAGGAAGAGAUUGCGAAACUAAUAAUGUACGAUUCAUCUGCAAAACCUAAUGGGGAGAAGGUUACACUUCCAGAAUACAUUAGUCGAAUGGCUGAUAACCAGAAAGAUAUUUAUUACCUAGCAGCUCCCUCAAGAGAAUUGGCAGAGACUUCUCCAUAUUUUGAGGCACUUAAGAAACGCAAUGUGGAAGUGUUGUUCUGCUACGAGCCCUAUGAUGAAGUAGUUCUCAUGCAGCUACGGGAAUUCACUAACAGGAAAAUUGUUUCUGUAGAGAAAGAAAUGCGUCAGGAUAAAGAAACAGUUGAUUACGAAGGAACUGAGAGUAGUCUUCGUCGUUCCCAAGCAAAUGAAUUGAUGGAUUGGCUGAAAACUGUGUUGGCUGGACGAUGUUGGGGAGUGAAGGCUACUUCUCGUCUGGAGUCGCAUCCAUGUGUCGUCACUGUGGAAGAGAUGGGUGCAGCAAGACACUUCGUACGCACUCAAUUUACACAGAUUCCCGAAGAGACCAGAUACUCACUUUUGCAGCCACAGUUGGAAAUUAAUCCAAGCCAUCCAAUUAUUACGAAGCUAAAUGAGCUACGUAACAGCAAUCCACGAUUAGCAGAACUCACUGCCAAACAGCUGUUCAGCAAUGCCAUGGUUUUAGCAGGUCUAGUAGAAGACCCGCGCACCAUCCUUACUUCUAUAAAUGAACUUCUCGAGUUAGCUUUAGAAAAACAUUAACCAUAAUGUGUUAUUUUUAUCUGUUAAUGUUCAAUAAAAAAACAUGAGAAUGCUGAUAAGGUUCCUUUCUUAGGUGCAAAGUGACCUAGCAUGUGAACUGAUGUCUUAAUAAGAAAUUAACCUUCAUAUAUUGUAAGGUGUAGCUGUAUACAUUCAAAAUAAUAUGGUGUCAAUAAGUAUUAUUAUACUACUGUAUAUUAACAUUUUGAGAACAAGUUAUUUAUUAAAAGCUAUUGAUUGUU